CAGUACAUGUAGAAAGUACUGUAGGGGGCUUCACUCGUCUCUUUCUAAAAACAUAUUCGUUUAUUCUUAAGGAAGACGAUGAUUUCCUUGUUUAUAUAGCCUUGUUGGAUGGAUGAGUCCUGUUAUUUAAGUCAGACAGUCUUCUUAAUAAAGUUGUCUUCCAAAAAUACCCUUUUAUUCACUUUUUUAAACUAUCAGAAUGUGUUUUAACACGUUGGGCAGCUUGUAUUAUAUUAAUACUAUUAUUUUAUAAUUAAUAAUAAUUAUUUGUGGUCCAAAAAGCUGCACUGUGGCCCUUUUUUUAUUUUUUUUUUAAGUAAUUAAAAUUCUGACGCCAUUUUUAACGUCCAUCUUUGCUCCUGCUUGACAUAAUCCAGGCGGUUGAAUUCAAAAUGACUCCUUGUUGGUAUUCAAGUACACUACUUAGGGUGCACCAGACGUUAUUUCAUACCCUGCAUCGUACACUUGUGUAGGAAGCAGGAAGCCAUUUUGAGACCCGGCCAGCGAAAAGCCAUUGAGAUUACUUCCGUGAUGUACACCAAUCGUAUUCAGCGAGGGGCGAGAUUAACCAGGCAGCGUGCCUUACUAUUGGUUGAUGCAAACGUCUGUCACGCGUUUCCCCCGAAACCUGAAUAACGGCGAAGGAAAGGGAUAUUUCUCAUCUCCGCUUGUUUUUGUUGUUUUUUAAAAAAAAUAUAUAUAUAUACUAAAGGAUAAGAGAAGAAGAGAGAAAUCUAAACAUAUCUACUGGAUUGUUGCCAGUAGCGUUGUUGAAGAUGAUCCACAGUUUGUUCCUGGUGAACUCCACGGGAGACAUCUUCCUGGAGAAGCACUGGAAGAGCGUGGUGAGCCGCUCGGUGUGCGAUUACUUUUUCGAGGCGCAGGAGCGAGCCAGCGAGCCGGAGAACGUUCCGCCGGUGAUCCCGACGCCGCACCACUACCUCAUCAACGUGCUCCGGCAUCGCAUCUACUUCGUGGCUGUGAUCCAGAGCGAGGUUCCUCCUCUGUUCGUCAUCGAGUUCCUGCAUCGUGUCGUCGACACUUUUCAGGACUAUUUCGGCGUGUGCUCCGAGGCGGCCGUCAAAGACAACGUGGUGGUGGUGUACGAGCUGCUGGAGGAGAUGCUGGAUAACGGCUUCCCCCUGGCCACCGAGUCCAACAUCCUGAAAGAGCUGAUUAAACCUCCGACCAUCCUGCGCACCGUCGUCAACACCAUCACAGGAAGCACUAAUGUUGGAGAGCAGCUCCCCACAGGUCAGCUCUCGGUGGUGCCAUGGAGACGCACCGGGGUCAAAUACACCAACAACGAGGCUUACUUCGAUGUGGUGGAGGAGAUCGACGCCAUCAUCGACAAGUCAGGUUCCACGAUCACGGCAGAGAUUCAGGGUGUUAUUGAUGCGUGUGUGAAGCUGACGGGAAUGCCGGAUCUCACGCUGUCGUUUAUGAAUCCCCGGCUGUUGGACGAUGUGAGUUUCCACCCGUGUGUCCGCUUUAAACGUUGGGAGGCCGAGCGAAUUCUGUCCUUCAUCCCUCCGGACGGAAACUUCCGGCUGCUCUCCUACCACGUCAGCUCUCAGAAUCUGGUGGCCAUCCCGGUGUACGUCAAGCACAACAUCUCGUUCCGCGAGGGCAGCUCUCAGGGCCGCUUCGACCUGACGCUCGGCCCCAAACAGACCAUGGGGAAGGCCGUGGAGUCGGUGCUGGUGAGCAGUCAGCUCCCGCGCAGCGUCCUCAACGCCAGCCUCAACCCUUCACAGGGCACCUACACCUUCGACCCCGUCACCAAGCUCUUGACGUGGGACGUGGGGAAGAUCAACCCACAGAAGCUGCCCAGUCUGAAGGGCACCAUGUGUCUGCAGGCCGGAGCCUCCAAACCAGACGAGAACCCGACCAUCAACAUCCAGUUUAAGAUCCAGCAGAUGGCCAUCUCGGGCCUGAAGGUAAAUCGGUUGGACAUGUACGGCGAGAAAUACAAACCGUUCAAAGGCAUCAAGUACAUGACCAAGGCGGGGAAAUUCCAGGUGCGGACCUAGAGACUGACCUCUCCAGCUUCCAGACGACAGCAAACGCACGGCGGGACGUUACAGUGUGUGUGUGUGUGUGUGUGUGUGUGUGUGUGUGUGUGUGUGUGUGUGUGUGUGUGUGGGGCGGAAUCAGCAGGGGCUUGGAAACGAAGAAUAUGAGCACAGGGUUGAUUUUAAGUAGGAGCAUAUUUUUCAGGAUUUAAAGGAAUGCUUUGGCGGAAAAUGCUGAUAAUGCUAACGUCAUUCCUAUACGUGCAUCAUAGCAGCGUUAGCAUUCCUCAGGUAAAAGUUUUCCUCUAAACAUAGCAACUGUUUUCUCGUGUGGAUGAUGAAGGAAAUAUGCAAGUCGUGUCUGUGUGUGUGUGUGUGUGUGUGUGUGUGUGUGUGUGUGUGUGUAUACAGUCUGAAGAACACACUGAUCUUCCUAGCGUGUCGUUUAGCCUUACAUAGCUUUAAUUACAAGGUUCAUUAGAAAUCCGACAAAAUUCGCUCCGUCCUCGGACUUCCUAGGAAUUAUCGUCUUAAAGACGUCCCGCUCCUCUUUUAUCGCCUCUUCGUCAGUUUAUUUAUUAUAUAUGUCGUGGAAUUGUCUGUUCUUAUUUAUUUAUAAGCUAGAAUUAUUGAGAUACAACAAGGAAACGUAUAUGAAAACGAGAACACGGUUUAAAAUUUAGGGAAACAAAAUAGUACUUGAUGGAUAUCUUGUGCAUGUGACCGUAACCCUACGCUCCUAUUGGUCACGCACUUAGCGCUCCGUUUUACUCACGGCUUCACCGCUGAAACACUACCGUUACCAAGCCAACAUCGGUGCUGUAUCCUGACCCACGUUAUCCCCCAACAUACAGCUCCCAAACACAUCUGGACAGAUUCGACACACACACACACACACACACACACACAUGCAUAUUAGAUCCAGAAUGUGUGUCUGAGGGGAAAUUCUAUAACCACUGUUUCACUGAUUGGUGAAUGUCCAAUCUAAGUUCAGGACCAAUUAAAUACACUGAUGUUUGUUUGUCACUGGAUAUUGUUGUUGUUGUUGUUGUUUUGUUUGCCGUGUUUGUUUCUCCUUUUCCUGGUUUUACAAUGAUUUGCGAAAAUAAUAAAAACAUGUUAAAAAGUCUGAACUUCCACAAAACAAAACAGAACAUGUCAUUGCUAUGUGCUUUAAAUAAACAAGAACUCCCAGCGCA